AUGACUUCAACCAAAAUAAAUGACAUAUCGGUGACAGCUUACGGCACAGCUCCAUCUUCCCAGCAUGAUUUCACAACGGCAAAGCGUACAGGAAAGGAUGCCGAGCACCCUAGUAGCGAUGAUGAGAUCAGCCGAGAGGCCGCCCUUACUGCGCUGACAGUCGACCAAGAGCGGAGGCUUAUUCGUCGAGUAGACUGGCGUCUGGUCCCUCUGCUGUGCAUGCUCUACCUGAUGAAGAAGAUUGAUGAAAAUAAUGCUUCGAAUGCGAGAAUCAUGAACCAGGGAACAGAUCGCAAUAUCCUAACGCAACUAGGAAUCACGUCUGAUCAGUUUGGCAUGGUCACCGUCUUGUAUACUGUGCCGUAUAUAUUAGCUGAGAUUCCGUCCAAUUUGAUAUUGAAGAAAGUCAGACCAUCCCGAUGGCAAUCUAGGAUUAUGGUCAGCUGGGGCAUUGUCACGGCUUGCACAGCUGCAGUCACGAACCUGGCUGGCCUGUAUACCGUGCGGUUCAUGCUCGGAUUGACUGAGGCUGGGAUGUUUCCCGCUAUUAUUCUGCAACUUACCUACUGGUACCGGCCUGACGAAAUUGCGGUGAGAUUGGUCUGGAUUUACAGCGUUGGGAAUGUUGCCGGCAUCAUAGGAGGAGUUCUUGCGUAUGCGUUCAAUGGCGCCUCUGGCGCUGGUGGCGUAUCUGGCUGGCAAUGGCUGUUCAUCGUUGAGGGUGCUGUGACCAUUGUAUUAGCAGUUGUGGUCCUGUUCUGCUUGCCUGACUUCCCUGCUACAACCAAGUGGCUGUCUCCAACCGAGAGGGCAUUCCUCCAAGCACGCUUACCGGUAAACUCCCCACGGGCAGCAGAGAAGAAUUUCGUUUUCAAGGAAGUCGUCAAAACUUUCCGUGACCGCAGACUAUGGCUCUUCACCCUCACCUGGGCUUGCAUGACCAGCGGAAGCAGUGGCGUCAAAUUCUACCAACCGACUAUCAUCGCUAACAUGGGCUUCAGCGACAUCGCGACAGCUCAGAUCCUCAAUAUCCCCAUGUCGGUUCUGACAAUCGUGUUCAUCAUCAUCGGUGGAUUCGCAUCCAACAGAGCAACAGUCCCGCUUCCCGUAUUUCCCAUUACGUGCACAGUCAUCGUCAUAGCUUGUUACUCGGUGCUGGUGGCGUACCCCAACGACAUUGGCGUUUACAUCGCCAUGAUGAUCGGUAAUGCCGCAUCUGUUACUUGGUUCCCUAUGAUGUGGUCAUGGCGCUCUCAGACAGUGAAUGGAGCUACAGGAUCCGCCUUUGCAAUCGGCUUCGUCAACAGUUAUGGACAGGUCGGUGACGCAGUUGGGCCACAGAUGUUCCAGGACAAGUACGAGCCGCGGUACCAGCUGCCGUUCGGGCUCGCAAUGGGCCUUAUAGCUCUUUGCGGACUUACGAACUCGUACACUUGGUGGGCUACUCGCCAAACGGAGAGAGAUACACGUAAGCAUAAGAUUGCUCGCCUGAAGGCUAAGCGGGACAACGAAGCUGUCCUUGAUGAUGUAUUGGACCAUGAUCUUGAGGGUAGGCGGCGUGUAGUGAAUGGUUAG